AUGACAAAACAAAUAUUGGAAAUAAAUGAAGAAGAAAUCAAUGCUGAUGAACAAGAAAAAGAGUCUCAAAAAAAAAUUGUUUUACAAUUUGAUGACGUUCAACAUUUUGUAUGUAAAGAUCUUCCAUUUGAAUUAAUAUUAAAUAAAUCGAUACAGUUCUUUCAAGGAUUUUGUAUCUCUCCGGACUUUUUACAGAAGGAUCCAAGUUUAUGGAAAACAACCACCGAGUAUAAAGAAGCAAAGAAUAUUAUAAGUACAUUAAAAGUUGUCAAUGAUAGUGCAGAAAGAAGUGUGAAAUUAAUGGAGGAGUUUAACGACAAAUUUACGAAACAAGAGGAACAAAAACAAUAUAUGUUACAGAUUGUUCAAGAUUAUAGGAAGCAAUACCCGGAAUUUAGUCAUGAAGUUUUAAAACAAACUUAUAAUAAAUAA